CCCACUUACAUUUAAUUUGUGCUCAUCUCUUACUUUGUAAUUAUAAAUGUUACUCUUAUUUUGUUGGUUGUUAGAUUUGAAUAUAUAAUAGGACAAAGAAAAACAAAGGAAAUUAAAUAUGGGGAAUAUUAUUCUUGGAAGAAAAAAGAGUACAAAGGUAAUGAAAAUCGAUGGAGAAACGAUGAAAUUCAGAACCCCAAUAUAUGCAAACGAGGUUCUGAAAAAUUAUCCAUCGCUGGUAUUAUUAGAAUCAGAAGAAGUGAAGCAUUUUGGGAUUCGAGCAAAGCCAUUAGAACCCCAACAAGAGUUAAAGCCCAAAAGGCUUUAUUUUCUUGUCGAAUUACCCAAAUUCCCCGAAGAUAACAAAAAAAGCCCGAAGAGGGCCCGUUCGGCGAUCCAAAUGAGUGCAAAGGAGCGGCUCGAGACGUUAAUGCUAGCAAGGAGAUCCGUGUCUGACUUGUCAAUAAUGAAGCCUACUAGUAUUAUGAGUACUGAGGAGCGUGCUUCAGGCACGCUCAAUAGGGGUGGGCCGUCCCAGGCCCAUCCUACUACUAGAGUGAAGUUGAGGUUGUCAAAAGCGGAGGUGGAAAAAUUGAUGAUGGAGAGCAAAGAUGAGAGUGAGGUUGCUGAGAAAAUUAUGAGACUUUGCAUGAAUAACAACAAUGGUGGAAGUGGUCCUUUGAUGGAACAACAAAGUCAUAAUAAUGGAGGAAUAGUUACGAAAGGACUCAAAUCACGAGAGAAACGUGUAGGGUUCUUGCCAAUAACAGAAGGGGAGAUUCAAUUAGCAGUGGGAGCUUCUUAAUUAACAAGAAUGGUAAUUAGAAGAAAAAAAACAUAUCAUUAUAUAUCUUUUGUAUAGAAUACCAAAAUUUUCAGCUACUUAUUAGUACUACCAUGUAUUGUUGGCAAAAUUUUCAGCUAUACUUAUUAGUACUAAUCAUGUAUCUUGUAAACUACUCAUGCUCAUUUGUCUCUUUCAU